AUGGCGCAUAAAAGCCAGUGCGGCCAAAUCCGUGCAUGUGACCUUUACCCUCAGAACUGGAAACUGCCCUUCUGUAACCCUAGUGCUUUAAGUGGUCACACACCGGUGAAAUAUGAUAUCACAUUUGUGGAAAGGUGGCAGCAACAAGCUGGCUUGACAAAUGGGAGCCAAGUGCUACAAACUUUCAAAAAAAUGGAGGGUGCUCAUAACACAAAUAAUAACGAACGUAAACGCGCUCGGGGCAGUAGUGAAAGAGGAAAGAUUAGAGGACGUGAAGAAGAAAACAUGUUAGCGCCAAAAAGGAGGUUUGAACCUUAUUCAAAGGACUAUAAAAAGGCGGGUCUAAAAAGGGCGCGAAACAUUGAGGAAAUAGAAUUUUGUGCAACCGUGCACCAAAACAACAAUUAUUCAGAUCCAUCUACUACAAUCCCUAAUAACGCUGCAUGCAGUGGAAUGCGACAGCAAACAAAUGAACUGAACAAUCCUGUAAACCAGAUUGAGAAUAAUAAUAACCGUGAGUCCUCUGGUAAGAUUGAAAAGGUAACGUUUUUCGAACCCAACGAAAAUGUUGAUCAUGACGGAGAUUGGAUAAUGGAGUAA